AUGUCUGCUUCGUACCCCUUCAAUCGGGGAGAAGAAUGCUCCUGGCAACCAGAAGAUGUCGCUCGUCGAAUGGCUUCAUUAGCAGGGAGUGUUGAUAGCAGUGAAGAUCUCCUACAUCAUGGUUGGUCUUCCAAGACAAUUGCACACAUGAGAUCAGCCUUUGGGUCCAACGUCAUGGUUGGUGAAGACGAUGAAGAAACCAAGAACAUAAUAUUUCGGAAGUUACCCUUUCUGCAGCCGGUAUUAUCAUCGCUCUUGGAACAGAUGAAGGAACCUCUGAUUCUCAUGUUGCUAUUUUCCGCUUUGAUUUCCAUUGCUCUGGGCAAUACUACGGAUGCGAUAUCCAUUGGAAUCGCCCUAUUCAUUGUGAGCCUUGUGGCCGCGGUUCAAGAAUAUCGAUCGGAGCAGGCACUGGAAAAGCUAAACAACCUGGUUCCACACACUUGUACUGUUUUGCGAGAUGGCCGGGUGCUUGACAAUUUUCCAGCUCGAGAAUUAGUUGUUGGCGAUCUUGUCCUGUUAGGAACCGGUGAUCGUGUUCCAGCAGACUGUCGCGUGGUGGAUUCGAUAGAGCUUCGGAUUGACGAGUCUUCUCUCACGGGAGAGAAUCAUCCUGUGGACAAAACAAGCGAAGGUAUUACCAUUGAUGCCAAUCCAGCCAUUACUUCACAAAGAAACGUCGCUUUUACGGGAACGCUGAUCACUGCUGGUAGGGGGAGAGCAUUGGUCUUGGCUGUUGGAGUCAAAACUGAGUUUGGCCAAGUGGCAGCUGCUCUGUCAACAGUAGAGACUCGCAAGUCUCCACUACAACUCAAAAUUGAUGAAUUAGGCAAACGUCUUGCUUACUUGAGCACUGUUGCCAUUGUUAUUAUUGCCAUUUUUGGUCUUUUAAUGGGACGACCAUUCUUGGAGACAUUGAAUGUCGCAGUGAGUCUUGCAGUCGCGGCUAUCCCAGAGGGUCUUCCGAUCUGUACAACUGUAACUUUGGCUCUAGGCGUGCUGAAAAUGUCAAAACAAAAUGCAAUUGUCAAGAAACUGCCCGUCGUUGAAUCGCUUGGAUGCGCAACAACAGUGGCGUCUGAUAAGACUGGAACCUUGACCCAAAACGAAAUGACUUCGAGGUCCGUUUUCACUUUGGCCUUUCCACGAAAAACAUUUGCCUUUUCUGGUGUUGGUUAUAAUACUACUGGAGGAAAGCUUAUGGUUGCGGACGAAGAUGGCUUUGGCAAAACAAAAGAUGUCAGUUCUGCUAGUGAAGAAUUCGUUGCAAUAUCCGCGUUGUUCUCUACAGCGUGCUUGUGCAACAACGCAACAGUCGUUGCAGACCUUGAUUCGGACAUUGGUGAAGGUCAUCUUGGUGGGGCAAUGUCUGGUCAACCAACAGAGUUGGCUUUAAUCAUCGGAAGCGAAAAGGCUGGUGUUGCGGAUCCUCGUCCACAAUAUCAUCGAACGCAAGAGCUUCCAUUUUCGAGUGAACGCAAGCGAAUGGAAGUUCGUGCCCGACCGGUCGGUGGAAGACAUGCCUGUGCUGCCUUCGAUCUAGCUUUGGGCAGUGCUUCUUCACUCCAAAGAGCUCAAAAACGAAAAUCUAUGGAUGGAUCCAUGUAUUUUGUGAAGGGAAUGCCAGAAAGUGUCCUUUUGGAAUGCAAAACCCAUGUCACCGCGACAGGCGAAGUGGCGCCGCUCGAUGAAGACGGCAAGGCCUUGGUCCUCGCACAAACGCGACAGAUGGCAGCAUCUGGUCUCCGAGUUCUUUCAAUGGCAUAUGGAGCAUCAGUUGAAGAACUUACAUUCGCAGGGAUUGUUGGAAUGGAAGAUCCCCCGAGGGAAGGUGUGGCUGAGGCUGUGUGGCAAUUGCGAAAUGGGGGUGUGAAGGUAUUGAUGAUCACAGGUGAUUCGAAAGAAACAGCGGUUGCCAUUGCAAAAAGAUGUGGAAUUCUGGGAAGUAAAUCGGAUGCUGACUUGUCCAGAAAAUCAUUUGCGUCGCUUGAUUCAACCGGAAGCGAUGGUGAUUCAAGUGGCGGUUUGUCAGAUAUUGAAAUAGGUGACUCCACAACAAUGAGUGGAGAAGACAUUGAUUCCAUCCCACCACAAAAUCUCGCCGAUAGUGUCGUUGGGGUCAAGGUCUUCUACAGAGUGGCCCCAAGGCACAAGCUUGCAAUCGUUCGUGCAUUGCAGCAGAAUGGGGAAAUAGUCGCCAUGACUGGGGAUGGGGUGAACGAUGCUACCGCGCUAAAGGGUGCAGAUAUUGGCAUUGCCAUGGGAAAGAAAGGAACUGACGUGGCAAAGGAAGCAGCUGAUGUUGUUUUGGCAGACGAUGAUUUCCAAACCAUCACCAUGGCAAUCGCAGAAGGCAAAGGCAUAUUUUUCAACAUUCGAUGUUUCCUUGCCUUUCAGCUCAGUACGUCAUUCGCUGCAUUGACAAUGGCAAGUAUUGCAACGGCAUUAGGGCUCCCCACUCCGCUGAAUGCCAUGCAAAUCUUGUGGAUCAAUAUUAUCAUGGAUGGACCACCAGCGCAGAGUCUUGGAGUUGAACCGGUUGAUGAGAGAAUACUGAAAGCGAAACCGCGUAUGGCGGACGAUCCCAUUGUGACUCGAGCCCUACUAUUGAGAGCAGUUUCAAGUGCAGCACUCAUUGUCUUUUUGACGCUGAAGGUGUUUUCAAACGAGUUGGAUGAUGGCAAGGUCUCAAGGAGGGAUACUACAAUGACCUUCAUGACAUUUGUCAACUGUGAUUUGUUCAAUGCAUACGUUUGCCGGUCCGCUUCGAAAACAUUUUAUCAAUUGGGCCUCUUCAGCAAUCCUGCAUUUUUGUGGGCAGUGGGGGGUUCCGUCCUGGGGCAGCUCCUUGUCGUUUACUUCAAACCACUUCAAGAAGUUUUCCAGACAGAGGCAUUGUCUUUCAGUGAUAUGAUAUACAUCAUUUUGUUGAGUUCCAACAUUUUGUGGCUAGACACACUUCGGAAAAAGUUCUUCGAGAGUUGGUUUAAUGAUGGUUUCCAUCCAUCCCCACUGGCAAAGAAGGAGCAUAUGCCCAAGCCCAAGAAGCGACAGUGGUUCUUCAGAGGCCAUACUGGAAAGGGCACGCGACGAAAUCUGCCGUGGUUAAAGUUUGGAAAUUCGAAGGAACAGAAGUCGAAGUCUGCUGUUGCUCUAUAA